AUGAUUCCCCUCUUAGAUUUUACCCGCCGCCUCGCUCUCCGCAGCUCCUCCUCCUCCAUAACGAUCACCGUCUUAGUCACUCCUAAAAACCUCUCAUUCCUCUCUCCUCUUCUUUCUUCCAGAGUCAACAUUGAAACUCUCAUCCUCCCUUUUCCCUCUCACCCUUCACUUCCCUCCGGCGUAAAAAACAUCAAAGACUUAGACCCAUCCGCUUACCCUUACAUGAUCCAAGCGCUUGGUGACCUCCACGCGCUGCUUCUCUCUUGGAUCACUUCUCAUCCUUCUCCUCCUGUAGCCAUCGUCUCUGACUUCUUCCUUGGAUGGACCAAGAAACUCGGAAUCCCUCGUUUCGUAUUCUCCCCUUCCGCUGCUAUAGGUUACUGCAUCUUCAACACUCUCUGGACCGAAAUUCCCACAAAGAAAAACGAUGAAGAGAUCCUCGAGUUUCCGAAGAUCCCGAAUUGUCCGAAAUACUCUUGGUCUCAAAUCUCCUCCACCUACCAGAGCUACGUUAAUGGAGAUCCUACUUGGGACUUUAUAAAAGCCUCUUUCAGAGAUAACGCAGCAAGUUAUGGAGUUGUCGUUAACUCUUUCUCCGCAUGA